AUGGACAGCACGCGAAAAUUCCACUCGCGUAGUCACCCACCAUGGGAGCUGAGCAAACUGAACUACAGAUCAGAAGAUGAAACUACACUUCCACCAGAAGAAAACGGCCUGGCCAUCUACACUAAAAGCCACAAAUCUACAGCAGGAGUCGGACUUGGGAUUGUCUGUUGUGCAUCAAAGGUAGUCGUCCAAACCGCACAAGAGAAGUUAGCCGCAAACACAACUGAAAACCAGGCGGAAAUCCUAGGCCUGCUAGCUGCACUACAAUAUGCUGUUGCAAAUAAGAGCAACUAUACUAGCUGCAAUAUUUUUUGCAAAUCUGUCCCUGCCCUCAAGGACUGCACUAAAAAUGAAAAACUGAACGAAGCAGCAAUCACCUGUAGAAAGCUAUGCUACCACAAUCGGGACCACAUUCAUCUCAAUCUAGUCGCUAAAGAAGCAGAAGGUAUUGACCUCGCAAAAGAAGCAGCAAAAGCUGUCCUCGAUCUUGGCUCUCAAGUAACUAAAGAUCAACCCUGGUCAAUAGAACUUCUCAAAGAUAAGAUCAAGACGGAAAUUCAAAUGCUGUGGAGUGACGAGUGGGCCGGCAGCAAAACAGGAACACACACAAGAAGAUUUUUCCCGCGACCAUCGGACGCCAGCUGCCUAAAUGGAAGCUACAUACAUCAGGAAAUAACCCAAGUCCUAACGGGGCAUUGCAGACUAAAUCCCCAUCUCCAUCUCAUCAAAACAAUCUCAUCACCGCAGUGUGAGUGUGGCCAUGGCGACGAAACAGUAGAAAAUUUUCUGUUCCACUGUGCACGAUACGCAAGUCAAAGAUCACACCUCAUCCAGGCGUGCUCAAGCAGCAACAAAGCGUUUCCACCAUCGCUAGAGGACAUCCCAAAGUUCCGGCACAUAUGGAAAGAGUUUAAAGACUUCAUCCUGAAGACCGAAAGGUUAAAAUAA